AUGUCUGCCUGUUCCUUUGAUGCUGUUGUACCUGAGAUUCUGACUUUCAGACCCGAUAAAGACGAUCCUCUAGAUAUCUCAAGCGACCACCAAGUUAGUUUGAGAGAAGAACACGAUCAUACCAAAGAAAUCAAGGAGAAACGUAUGGAAUUAAUUACGGCUGUGGUUUCAAUUAUUGCCUCAUGGAAUAUUAGUGAAGCCUUUGAACAAGUUUGUUGUAAAUCUUUAAGCUUGUCGAAAGAAAUAAGCCAAAAUAUCAGUUUUGGAUUAAAAGGUGCAAAUGGAAAUCUAUCUGUUCUUGCUCCGUUAAAGAAUGAACGUGUGGCAUGGACUAUAUCCCCUUCAAUGACAGCAACACGAUUAUUGUCAAUUGCUCUACUGGCAAAAGCUAUUAUUUUUAUAGCGGGUCAAGAAAGCCGGAGCUCGGACUUGAUCUCGGGAUAUGCCAUGUCAUUGCCAUUGGUUAUUGGCAAAAGCUAUUGUUUCCCUUCAUUGUCAUUGCUGAGUAAAUACUGGCAAGAUCCAUCAGCGAGAUCGCUUUUUUCAAGUGCAGUGACAGGGCUAUCCGAAGAGGAUAUUGUUUCCCUUGUAGAUUACUGGGAGGCAUUUUGCAUUAUGGGGUGUGAUCAACCUCACACACUCAGUCCUCGUGUGCGUAAAUCGACUGCGCUCAGCUUAACCAUACUGUUAUCAGAUGCUGAGCUAGAAGAGACCAAUCAUGAUGGAGUAACAGAACCUACGCUUUCGACAGGCUCGAUGGCUCGUACAUUAUCCUCCAUGGAAUUAUUAAGUCAAGGUUUUCAAACAUGGGAGACAUACAUCAAUGCAGCUGAAGUACUGCGGACAUUGUUCGUGUAUGCUACCGAUCCACAACCUGUCAUGGCUUUAAUCAGUCGAGGUGCAAGAACGGCCAUCUUCAAAAUAUCCGAAGCGAAUAUGCCCUUGGUGAUUAGUACUCUCACGUUUGAUACAAUGAAUGCAAAAGCCUUGGAUGAUCGAUUGAGGUGUUUGAAGAUUAUCGGUACUUUUAUUCGAAAGGAACCCAUAUUGUUAAAUUCCAAUGUGUAUAGCGUGGUUGAAGCAGUUGUAAAGACACUGGAUCCCAAUGUGCCUCAUAUGAGAGAAGUCAUGUUAAAUUCGGCCACCUCGAUUCUUCAUGACCUUGUGAAAACGUAUCCGUCAGUAGAUUUUAGCACGAGUGCACAGAAAUUGGCGGUGGGUACGUUGGAGGGAGCUUCUGUGAUCUAUGAUGUACGUACCGCUACACGAUCUGUAGUUUUGGAAGGUCAUAUUGGACCUGUGGCCUUACUUGCUUUCUCACCUGAUGCAAAGUCAAUUGCUACAUGCUCGCUAGUGGAUCAGAGUGUUCGUGUUUGGCAUACCAACAUCAGUUUAUUUGGUAUGCUCACCAGUAGUAUCUCGCAAGGAUUGACGCCGAAUACACCUGGAUCUACAUCACACAACCCAUCUGGGUCUCAAAAACCACACAAAGUAUUCUCUUUUGCAAUGCCUGAUGCUGAUCCGUUGGAUGCGACUGAAAUCAUAAAGAAGGUGAGGUUUGAAUGGAUGUCUUCUAAAUGUGUCAAAUUACAUGUUCGAGAUUUAGUGAUGAGUUUCAAUGUGUAA